AUGGCCUGGCAGUCUCCCUCGAUCAUGACUGGGGGUGGGGGGUUUGUCGGACCCGGGGGGGAUGGGUCAGCCAACGGACAACCUCAGGGGACGGAGUAUACUUUGCAAGGUGUGAUGCGCUUCCUGCAGACCGAAUGGCAUCGGCACGAACGAGACCGCAAUGCGUGGGAAAUCGAGCGCGCGGAGAUGAAGUCUCGCAUUGGCAGAUUGGAGGGCGAUGUCCGAACAAGCAAACGUUUACACGAGUCAUUAGGGAAACACGUUAGGCUGCUGGAGGCUGCGCUGAAGAAGGAGCGCGAGAAGGUCAAAAAGCUCAGCAAUAAUGAGAAGGUAGAUGAUAAUAGGGACCCAAAGGAAAUAGCUCAGGAGAGUUUGAGCGCCCUAAAAUCUCAACGUUCCAAGUCCCACGUGGACCCCGGCGAUGCCGAUGCCAACGCUGACAACCAACACGAAUUCCAGCAAGAAAACGAGCGAGAUAAGUCGCGCCUCUACUUGACGAAAUGCUCACAGGAAAUUACGUAUCAUAUCAUUCCUCCGUCUCAUCCACCCCCCGACCUAAGUGAACCGGACCUUUCGAACCCUGUCUAUGGAAAUCAGCAGUUGUCGCAGCACAGCCUAGAGGAAGCAUAUCUUCAGCAGCAAAGGCAGAAACAACAACAACAGCAGCAGCAGCAGCAGCAGCAGCAGCAGCAGUCAAACCAUAUGAUGGCACGUGAGGUUUCUCUCCAGAACCAUCAGCCUGUUGUGACGCAUUAUUCCGAGUCUCGGCCGCCAAACCAAUUUGGUCUACCGGCCCCUGCUAGAGAAGCGCUGGAGAGGAGGCCCCUGGAACCACAGCAGACCCCGGUAACUGCGAUCGAUAACCGGAGACAAGUUAUUGAUUCGACAAUGGUGGAUGAGCGUGCUGGCGCGGAGAAGCAAAUGUAUGAUGGGUAUGAUUCCCAGAUAGGAGUUAAGGACGAUACAAAACCGCAGCAUAGCAAAGACAACACGGAGGAUCAAGAUGGCUGGAACUUCGAUGAACCAUCAGGCCAGGAGCCACUCACUGAACCGAUGCCACCCCAUCGUCCAGAUGUGGACGCUUUCCCCAAUGCAAACUUUGUCCGCCCUAAGUCACCAUCAAGGCCUGGCUCAUUGUCCCACCGGCGAAAGAGUUCGGGCACCAGGCGCAAGAGUGAUGGGGCCAUUGAUCUUGACUCAGGCGCUGCUCCCAAGCAAGACACCUCAUUCAAAGUUAGAUUCGCUCUCCGUGGACACCUCGAUGUCGUUCGCUCUGUGAUAUUUACCGGUGGUGGCAGCCCUUCUGAGCCCGAAAUUUGCACAUGUAGCGACGAUGGAACUAUUAAAAGGUGGAUUAUCCCGGCCACCUAUGGCAGUUUUGGCCCUCACGGGCCCAGCUCCGGCAAUGACUUAGAUAUUACAAGUUACUUUACCCACCGCGGACACGUUGGUGCUGUGACAGCACUAGCGGCUUGUUCGCCAUCCCAAAACUUUUCAAACGGUGGCCGUGCUUUAGGUGAUGGCUGGGUGUUCUCGGGUGGGCAAGAUGCUAGCAACUGGAGAGGAGAUGUUGGAAUGGCGAGUCUGGAGACCUACGACGGUACGCCUUCUACUGGUGUUAACUGCGUUGUGGCAUCCACUAUCGGAUUCGAUGGCUCUGCGGGCCUUGAUCCCAAUCGAGCAUUGGUAGAGGAAGAGGUGGUACAUGGAGCCACUGGUUCAAGUGGCGGGGAGGGAGUGAUUAUAAGUGGGUACGAAGACAAGUAUAUUCGUUUCUUCGAUGCAAACAGUGGCCAAUGCACCUACACGAUGUUGGCUCAUCCAUCUGCUAUUGCAUCUCUUUCGCUGUCGCCAGAUGGGCGUGAACUGGUGUCCGCGGGGCACGAUACUAGCCUCCGGUUCUGGAAUCUCGAGAAACGAAGCUGUACACAAGAAAUCACAAGUCACCGUGUGAUGCGUGGUGAGGGAGUUUGCUCUGUUGUCUGGAGCCGCGAUGGCCGCUGGGUCGUUAGCGGUGGCGGCGAUGGAGCAGUCAAGGUCUUCUCCAGAUGA